ACUAUCAUCCCCCCAAACCUCGAUUUGUCUUCGGUCUGCCCACGGCCUCGUCGCCGUCAAAAUAAAAAAUCCCCAUUCUGCCUUAGUAACUAACGUUGAUUCACUUAUCUCCCGCCCUUACGACUCACAAUCCUGCAAAAAUCCUUCACGUGCCGUCACUCAUAAAAAUCCCCUUCUCUGGCAAGGCAAACACAUCUUUCCCGAGCUUGUUGCGUCAUGCGCAUACCGAGACAUCCCUCUUUGUCUAGUCUUAGCUCGCCUGGAGGAACCUGUUAAAACUCAAGGCAUUACGAGUACUACAGGUAGGUAGGCAUACGAGUAGACUAUGGAUGAGGCAAGCCUUGUCAAUAGCCUCUCUCAGAGGCUCUCAGAGCUCGAGCACAAGGUUCACACCUUUCGCCACGAGGUGGCAGCUGAUUUCCUGCGCUACUACCACGAUCUGCUCCGAGACACACAACCCGACAUCGCUUCCAAUGUUGCCCAGUCCAUAGCCCAGUCACUACCCAAAUACCCAGACCUCAGCUCAGUCCUCACAAGUCUGGAUCUGGACCUUAAUAAACCUGCAGCUGACUCACAAGUUCUACCACUUGAGUCGGCUCAACGCCACUUUUCCCCGCCGGCCACUGUCGCUACCUCCGGAUCGGGAGCCGCAGAGCCUCCAGGCAGCCCCCGUGAUCGACAUCACGAAUUGCUCUUUUACCUUCCCCUGCUAGAGGGCUCUCCUCCAAGACCGCCGCCUACCUCUCCUCCCCUCACAAAGAACAACACUCCUCCUCUCGACAUGUUGUUGCCUGACCCGAGCAUCAAGGCAGACGAGAAGCAAGACUCAGCCAUUGAGACGGGAAGGAAACCCGAUAACGGCACUGACCAACUGCAGAAUGCCUUGCCGGUAGUACCUCAUUCGCCCGGACGGCCAGGCCAUGUUCGCCGUUCAACCAAUGAUACUGUCUCGUCGUGCCAUUCAGAUCGGAGCGAGUCGAAAACACCACGGAGCGCCCUACGACGGUCUUCAAGUAGUUCAAAACCUCCACAGAGUCCCAGGCGUGUGCGCUUUGAUGUCAUGGGAGCAGAGGUCUUACCUACAGCGUCACCACAACCAACCGAUUCUAUGAUUCCCUCCGUGGCCUCUGCCGCAUCCGCCGACCAACCUCGCACUGGAUCAAUGCUCGACGAUGACCUGGACCAUCUACCACCGCCCCGAAAGAUCUCCUCUUCUGAAGCACUGAGAGCACUAUCUAGGGCGCCGUUGGAGGAAGGAGUGUGGACCGAGGUCAAUUCAAACCCAGAUCAAAGGGCCGGUGAAGAGGACAAGAAAUAUGCUAGCAUUUCUGAAUCUUCGUCGGAAGAGCGGGCCAGCCCGGUUAUCAUUGCACCAGAACCGCCAUCGCCGCGCCAUGUUCCCGAAUCUGUUCGGAUUGAACGCACGUUGGGGAGCGUGAGUGAGGACCCAGAUGAGGACCAGGAUUCAUCCGAUGACGACUUUCUCUCAAUGGCGAAUCCUAGAUCUUUUACCAAUAAGAAAGCGCCUGCAUCACCAUCUUUGAACAGAAUCCCUGAGGAGAACCAGACCAGUGGCCAUGAUGCAAGCCCAGCCUCACCUACUAAAGUUUCAAGUUCUGAUACUCACGACGAAGUGAGGGCCGUCAACGAAGACUUGGAUGAGGAAGACGAGCUUUUUCACUUUGAGGAAGGCGGCGGCUUAUCUGCGCCGCCAAAGCUUCGAUCGAAACCGAAAUCUCUUACGGUCGAGGAGGAUAUCGAGGUUGAGUUACCGGAUGUACCGGAGACCGAGCAAUCCUUAUACGCAACUUCACCGGCAGUGCACAUAAGCAAGAGGCCUGGCUCCGGGCCGACGACACCAAUCGCGGCACGAUUUCAAGCUGGUUCCGUGGGAUCAUACAAAGGACGGCCAGUAGUUAUGCCAGUCGUUCGUAAUCCCGAAGUUCAUGCUCAAGCUGCCUCGUUGGGGCAUUUCAGUACGUUUGUUGGGGGUUUAGACGGACGCAGCGGCAUGGAUGAAGCAGAUCUGAGCAGCUUCCGCGCCAGCGUCGCCAAUACCGGCGGCUUCUCUGGCACACCGCGCAGUUUCACGGAACGCCUGAUGAUGGAAGAAGCUCAAAAGGCAAGGGCUGGUGGUUCGAAGUUAAGCUAAGAAUACAUUGUACCACAAGGAGUUUGGGGAUCUUAUGCAUACGUCAAGGCCUUGGGCCCGGAAUUCUGGAUAGCUCGUUGUUGGCGUUGAACAUAUUGUGAUGAGGAGUUUACAUAUUUAUACAGAUAUACACACACAGGACGUGGGUUGUGGAUUAAGGAUGAUAUACGAUUAGAAAACGUUAUAUAUACCUCUUCGUUGAGGGAAUGGUUGGCCAAGGCAUUCGAGAAGGGCAGUAAGAUCUCAUGGGAAUACCGUAAUAGAAUAUUCAUUUUCGGUCUGUACAAGUAGGGUCCUGGGUAGUUCUGGUAUCAUGAUGCCUCCCUCGAGGGAAUACUAUCGUGCAUAGGCUG